AUGGUCCCCUCAAAAGCACCCAGUGAAUUGAUUUUAUCUGCAGUCUCUUCUACAAGUAUCACUGCAUCCUGGCAGUUACCUCCUGCAUAUUCCAGACAUGGACUCAUUGCAGGGUUCAAAUUGUUCUAUAAAAAGAAAGGGUUUAUCGGGUCCAUACAUGUGAAAACUAUCAAUGAUGGAAGGACCUUUUUAGGAGUAAUUAAUGGUCUGGAUAAGUACACAGAAUAUGAAUUUCAAGUGUUGGCGUUCACGUCUCAUGGUGAUGGACCAAAGAGUUCAGUUGUGGUGGAGAGAACAAUGGAAGAUGAGCCUAAUAGUGGCCCAGCUAAGGUGUUUUCUGCCUAUGUGAACAAGACCACCUUAAACAUUUCAUGGGCACCUCUACCAAGAGAGCAGAGUAAUGGCGGCAUCAUUCUGUACAACGUCAAAAAAGAAUUGUUGUCUCGGGGAACACGACAGAAAAGAUCACCUCUAAGCAGCAAAACAGUCAAUACAACAGAAAAAUUCAUUCUAUUGAGUGGAUUAUUGCUUUGUGCGCAAUACCAAGUGU